UCGGGGCAGUCCCGGCCCCCGCCGCUCCGUCUCUGAUCGCCGCCCGCAGCUCCUCCCGAGGAUGAAGAACCGAGCGGUGCUGGCGGUGCUGCUCGUCCUGGCGCUGCCGCUCGCCCUCUCCCGCCGCGCCCCCGCCGCCGCCCCGCCGGGCCCCGCGCCCCCGGCACAGGGGAUGCCCUUCCCGGAGCCGCUGCCGUGGAGCACCCGCGGCAACCCCGGGGCCGCCGCCGCCGCCGCCGCCGCCGCGCUGGAGCUGCUGCGGGAGGAGGACGCCGGUCCCCCCGCAGCGCCACAGAAGCGGGACAUGCACGAUUUCUUCGUGGGGCUCAUGGGCAAGCGAGCAGCGGAGCCCGGGCGAGCGGCGGGGCGGGGAGGCGGCAGCCCUGUCUCCCGGUGCUCCCCGGGACCCCCCGCGCCCGGUGAAGCCCCGCUGCGGGCGGCCUGA